CGCGCGCCGGCCGGGAGUGAGUUCGACGCGGGCGAGCUGGGAGAGCCGGUGGCCGCGCUGCGCUGGGCUGCGGCGGCUCCACGUGCUCCCGGCAGCCGGUUGAGACCGUUGGCGGAGUCUGCUGAGAGGGCAAGAGUUCAAACCUGUCUCAGAAUAUUUAACCAUUUAACCAAAAAUGGUAUUUUUUACAUGCAAUGCAUGCGGUGAAUCAGUGAAGAAAGUACAGGUGGAAAAGCACGUAUCUGUCUGCAGAAACUGUGAAUGUCUUUCCUGCAUCGACUGUGGGAAAGAUUUCUGGGGCGAUGACUACAAAAGCCACGUGAAGUGCAUCAGUGAAGGUCAGAAGUAUGGAGGCAAAGACUACGAAGCCAAGACACACAAAGGUGACGCAAAGCAGCAGGCGUGGAUUCAGAAAAUUAAUGAAUUAAUAAAGAAACCCAAUGUCAGCCCUAAGGUUCGAGAACUUUUGCAGCAAAUCAGUGCUUUUGACAAUGUUCCCAGAAAAAAGGCAAAGUUUCAGAACUGGAUGAGGAACAGCCUGAAAGUGCACAGCGACUCUGUUCUGGAGCAGGUGUGGAACAUCUUCUCCGAAGCGUCCAGCAGUGAGCAAGAUCAGCAGCCACCCAGCCACGUGGCCAAGCCACCUGCAGAGAUCCCCACGAAGAUUCCGUCUGUGAAAACAAAUGGCACCACGGAAGAACAAGGAGAGGCAAAGAAGAAUAAAAGAGAAAGGAAGGAGGAGCGGCAGAAGAACAGGAAGAAAGAGAAGAAGGAGCUGAAGUCAGAAAACCACCAGGAAAACCUCAAGGGCCAGAAGACGAAGAAGCGCAAGAAGGGCCAGGAGGCUGGACAUGAGGCUGGUGGGGAGGAGACCACUGAGGCCAACGGCCCACCAGAAAAGAAGAGGGCCCGGGGUGGGCAGGCCUCAGAAGAGGAUGCAGAUGGAAACGGGGGCCCUGGGGAAGAUGCUGAUGAGGGGCAGACCAAGACGGGGGCAGGAAAACAGAAGCGGCGAAAACACUCAGAAGUUGAGUCCAAUUACAAGAAGAAAAAGAUGAAGUCUCCAGGACGGCCUGAGGAGGGAGAGGCCGAGGACCAUGAGGUUCCAGCGAAAGGUAAAUUCAACUGGAAGGGGACCAUUAAAGCCGUGCUGAAGCAGGCUCCAGACAAUGAGAUCUCAGUCAAAAAGUUAAAGAAAAAGGUUAUAGCUCAGUACCAUGCAGUGACGAGCGACCAUCACAUGUCAGAGGAAGAGCUUCUGGCCAUCUUCAACAAGAAAAUUAGCAAGAACCCCACUUUUAAGGUGCUGAAGGACAGAGUCAAGCUUCUGAAGUGAGCGCUCCAUUGCUUCACACACUUCUACUGACUGCUUCCCUCUACUGUUUGUAAAAUGUGUAAUGAACUGUAACAGCCUGAAUUUUGCUUUCUGAAACUGUAUUUUUAAGUUAAGGAAAAAAUAUAUUUUUGUUAAAACUUUUAUGAAAAAUAAAAUAUAUUCUUCUCGAAUUCUAUAUCAAUAGUAAAAAAUUCAUGUACUUGAAGAAAAUUGCCAGAGUCCAGCUCCGGAUGAGGGCAGGGUCUGAAGAUGGGUGGAUGCAAGAGCCUCGACAGGAGGAAUCAGACACAGGACAUUUCUUAGUUUCGUUUUAGGAGAGAUGGUCAGAGGAAGCACAUCUCAGUGUGGCUUGUCCUAUUCUGUCAACCUGUAUCUCUCACAGGCUUUAUUUAUGCAGAAUUAUUGAGCAGGGAUACAUGAUGAUGUUUCAAAACAGAUCUUAACAUUUUUGGUUUUGGACAUGUAUUUCACUUCCUUUUGCUCAUCUUUUUGUCAUCAUUAAUAAACUAUGACAGAACAGA